AUGUAUCGACUAGGCGUCCGACACGCAGAAGUGGCUGUGAUUAGUGACGAGCUCAUAAAGAAGACCCUGUCGCUGUCGUUUCAAAGCAUCUUCAGAAUGGAAAAUCUCGAGACACUGCGUUAUCUCGUAAGGCUGCAGCUUGACAACAAUGUGCUGGAAGAGAUUGAUGCGAUCAAAGGUUUGGAGAAUCUUGUCGAGCUUACAGAUUUGAGUCUAUACAACAACAAUAUCUCAAAGCUUGAAAAUCUUGACACACUCAAGAAAUUACAGGUUUUAUCGAUAGGGAACAACUUGCUACAAUCCACGGAGGGGCUACUACAUCUAAAAUGUCUUGAGAAGCUGCGCGUACUUAACUUGAGCGGCAACCCUGUGUGCACGGACCCAGAAUAUCGAUUAUUCAUACUUGCACAUUUGGAAAAGCUCAAGUAUCUCGAUUACGCUUUAGUAAACAAAUGUGAUACUAUUCAAGCACGCGAGCAGUAUCAAGAUGAACUGGAGGAAGCAAGGGAAAUACGUGCCAUUGAGGACGCUGCACUAACACGCGAAGCUGAGCAACAAAAGUAUAUGUGCAUGCUAAAAGACGCAAACGUGUUAAUUCUCGAAACUUUGUUAGGUGAUAUGUUUAAAGAAGACACAGAGAUAAGUAAGAUCGAAGCAUUGCCAGGUCUGCGCAACCUCAUUGAUGACUACACUGAAAAGGCCAAGGUUGCAACUGAGGAAGUAAAACUCCUUCUUCUUGAUAAACAUGCAAACGUGACCAAGGAGGUUGACACUUUCAAGGCAACGUAUGAGAAACUUCAGUCCGAUACUCAAAAAGCCAGUAUUCGUGCAAUAAAUUCCCACCGUCAAAAAGCCAAAGAGCUUUUAAAGCAAGCUACUGCAACUCAAGCAUCGGAAGCUGACAGAUUGAGCUCGAAAGUGGGUCAGCAGCUUUUUCAAGAAGCCACUUUUUCCAGCGAAAAGCUGCAUGACCAGCUCAUGAAUUUUGAGUCUGAUGUCGUUGAGACGGCACAAGAACUAAUUACUGCAUUGGAAAGCUCUAUCGAUGUGAUAAGCUCCGAAGCACGGGAAAUCACCACUAAACACUUUCGUACGAUUGAAAAUAUGGAAAACAUUUUUUUUGAAAAUGUCAGCCAGCUUGCAGUCACUUUGCUCGAAAGAAUGGCAUCGGAUGACGGCGAAGAUGAUGAAUAUUUGACUGAUGAAUGCCGCGCAAUUUUAAACGAUCGAGAUGCUUUAAAUAAUGCCAUAAAUGGAUCUCAUGACAUUCACAUAGGAAAAUUGCUAGCUCAGGAAGACGCUAUCCGGGAACAAAGUCAUGUUCAAGUUGCCGAUAUUAUUAAAAAUGCCGAGGUUCACGAAUGGUCUCGUAAUCGUGCUCGCAUCGCUGAAGUACUGCAUCUGAAAGAUCAGCAUUUGUCUGAGAUCAAUCAUGUUCGUGAUGAAAUUAACCGAGAGGACGAAGAAUUCUAUUAA